AUGGGAGGCUGCCCAGCGCUAACGGAUCCAAGCACGGAAUGGCCAGGACUCUGCCCAAAUUCCGGAGCCGCAUACCUCUUCGCCAUCCUCUUUGGCCUCACUCUUACCGCACACAUUGUCCAAGCCAUCAUCUACCGCAAAGGCUACAGCUGGGUCAUAGCGAUGGGAGCGCUGUGGCAGACGGCCUGCUACGUGUUCCGCAGCCUCAGCAUCAAGUACUUUGCAAAUGAAACCUAUUACGCGGUCUGGUUUAUUCUGAUGCUGCUUGCACCACUCUGGACCAACGCAUACGUGUACAUGGUCUUGGGCAGAAUGGUGUACAACUUCACCUCCAGCGCGAAGAUUCUUCGGUUCAAGGCAUGGAGAUUCGGCCUUUACUUCGUACUUCUCGACAUAUUUGCGUUCAUUGUCCAAGCCCUAGGAGCAAGCAUGGCUUCGGGUAACAAUAUCCCGCAGAGCCAGAUUUUCAGAGGUCUCCACAUAUACAUGGGUGGUGUCGGCCUACAACAAUUUUUCAUCUGUUGCUUCGUCGGCCUAGCAAUCCGUUUCCAACGUCAGAUGAAGCGUGACGCUCCCGUGACGGAUCAAAGACGAGCGCUCCGAAUGCUCUACACCCUCUAUGCCGUCCUGGGACUCAUCACUGUCCGCAUCAUCUUCCGCCUGGUCGAGUACUCCAAAGGCUACAGCAGCGGCAUCCCAGUCCACGAAGCAUACCAGUACAUCUUCGACUCCACUCUCAUGCUCAUCGCUCUCGUGCUUUUCAAUAUCGUUCAUCCUGGGCAGAUAAUGCCCGGCAAAGAGAGCGACUUCCCCAGCAGAAAGCAGCGGAAGGCCAUCGGGAAGGAAAAUGUGAGAGGGAGGAUGACUGGCGAUUUGCCACUUUAUGAACCUUCCAAUGUUCAGAUUGCCGAGCCCGCACCGCAGGCUGAGAAGAGUCCUACCGAUCCCAAGAUUGACGAGACGACGGUCACAUAUCCUUUCGGUGCUGAAUGGCUGCAAGAAGAACAUGAGUUUAACAUUGUAGUCGUGCAAGAGGGCGUCAACGGUGCAGGCGGUAAGCCGUGGGUUAAAAUCGUUUUGGCGCAGGGUACUGUCGACUAUGAGACGACAGACAUUCAUCUUGGGCGGGACAUGUCAUUAUUUGCGGCAUUCAAAAGGCACAUAAACUCCACAGGCGCAAGGGUUGGAGGAUCGUCAAUUUGA